AUGCCCGUACUCGAGUCCCUUAUGCUCGGUGAGAAGACAGCAGUUGUUUUUGACAUAGGCUCAGUUUAUACCAAGUGUGGUUUCGCUGGAGAAACUGGACCAAGGUUUAUUAUGCCAACAGAGAUCACUUUGCCCACAGGUGAAAAAAGAAGUAUAUCCUCGUGUGAUGGAAAGGACAAAAGACGAGAGUUCUUGACAACUUUUCUUUACAAUAUAUACUAUCGACAUUUGUUGGUAAACCCGAAGGACAGACGAGUUGUUGUAGUUGAAAGUGUCCUAUGUCCUUCGUCAUUCCGUGAAGUUUUGGCCGACGUUUUGUUCAAUCAUUUUGAAGCACCUUCUGUACUUUUUGCAACUUCCCACUUGAUGGCACUAUUUACUCUUGGGAUUUCGUCAGCUGUUGUAUUAGACUGUGGUUAUAUGGAUGCUCAAGUUCUGCCUGUUUAUGAAGGUUACACUCUACUGAACGCUUGGCAGUCAGCCCAGCUUGGUAGCAAAAGAAUUCAUGAAAACAUCAGGGGUUACUUAAAUGAAAAUGCCAAGUUGGUGGAUGUUAUCAACGGGGAGUCGCAGUUAACCCCCUGUCCAGAUUGUUUUAUUUCGGAACAUAUCGUUGAAGAUAUAAAAGUUCGUACAUGUUUUAUUAGUCCACACAAUAGGGCAGUCCAGUGGAAGGCUUGGAAGGACUCUGCUGAAUCAUCGGUCACAAAGCCCAACUUGUAUCAGGAAACAUUUAUUUUCCCCCUAGACAAGUUAGGGAACGAAAGGCCAAUUCAAGUUGCAUCAGAUAUCCGAGAGUUGGCAGUCGAAUGUUUGUUUGCUGGAGACAAUGACCAAAUCACAAUUACAACACUAAUUUUAAGAUCAAUUUUGUUGGCACCUAUUGAUAUUAGAAGGAAGUUGGCAGAAAAUAUUGUACUUAUUGGUGGCACAACCAUGCUACCCGGCUUCGUGUCUCGUCUAAUGGAGGAACUCAAUUCACUUGUCGAACUUCCUGAGUUCUCAAAGUUACAAGCUUUAAAGGGAUCUUUUAAGUUUCACAAUCCUCCUGGUGAAGCAAAUUACAUAGGAUGGCUUGGUGGAGCAAUUUUUGGUGCGCUCGAAUGUCUACCAGGACGUUCACUGAGUCGGUCUAGUUUCUUGGAAAAUGGUUUAGUUCCAGACUGGUGUACUCAAAUUGAUCAAAAACAUAACGAUCUUGAAAGGCAGGAUACUACCCGCCAGUGA